GUCGUAGUUGUAGCAAAUACUAGAACUCGUAGAAAUACUAUAGUAUUUACAAUAAUUGUACGUUAAAAAUAUGUGAUAAUCAAAAGAAAUAGAGGAUAAUAAAUUAUGAAUAACGGUUUAAGAACUUAGUUUUUGAAAAUAGUUUCAAAAAAUCACAGUGGGCAUGGCAGGUAUCGGCGUGCUGGGCGGCGCGAGCGGCGUGCUCGCGGCGGAGGUGUGCGCGCCGCUGCUGCUGCUCUGCUGGCUGUGCUGCUGGCCCGACGACGAUAGAUCCGAUUCUAGCUCAGAAAUGCAUCCUCAAAAGCCUGUUAUUUCUAAUGAAUCGAGUUCACGACAUCGACAUCGUUCCAAUGAAUUAUUUGGUCGACGCGGUUUCGCCAGCAGCGCCGUAUCUCUACACCUACCGAGCACUUCUGGUCAAACGAAACAGCCAUUAUCAGCUCACAGGAGUCAUGAGGAAAUAAGAGGUCGUCGCAAAUCACAUUUUGAUCCAAACGAGCAAGAGACACGGUACCACUCAGCCCCAAGUGUCAUAGAUGAGGUACUGCAUAGAAGGGACUGGGAGCGUUCUACCAAGGACCUUUACAUACCACUUAAAUCAGACAAUGAGUUUUCAAACACUAGCGAUGUCUCUGAUAAAUCAGAAAAAGACGAUUCCGUUCUAGGGAAAUCAGAUGAACAAAUUAUAAAUAAACCCUGCAAGAAACAUCAUAAAAAUAUCAAAUCUUCCCGAAAAACAAAUCUCAACAAAGAAUCAUUGAAUGAUGAUGUGAAAGACCAAGAUGUGACUGAAACCAUUACUAACUUUUAUAUCGGCGAAUCAAGCAACACCACAAGCCCCGAAUAUACAAACGAAGUCAAAGCUGAUGAUAAUACUAAAACAGUAUACAAGCCAAAGGAAGCAAAACAAAGUCUCAAUGAAUCGAUAAGGACCAAGGACCGGCAGAGGCCUCUUGUUCCUCUCACAGAAUAUCAAGUUACUGGUUUCGAUGCUCUUGAUGGUAUGGAGUUGGAUAGAUCUGGCGCUGUGCAUCACUCAGUGGAAUCUCGCUCAAGUCUUUAUAACACUCAUUCAAUACCAGCACCACCACCUUCUGUAGAAGCUGUAGGCUAUGAAUGGGAAGCCUCCUAUCUUGAAGAGACCGGAACAGCAGGCGUGUGGCGCGCUCCCGCUCCGGUGCCUCCACCGGUACUAGCUCCAGUAGGCUGGUCAAGAGCCAGGCAUGCCAGUGCUGGCGAUGUUCUGGCGCCUGUCGUUCGUCCUCAGUCCGGAGCGCUUUCUGAAAGUGACCUGGAUUUCGAGCUAGAAGGUUGCGACGAACCGCCACCAGCGUAUGACGAGGUACAACUCCUGGCAUCUCUUGAUAAGAAAGAAACUGCUAUCUAA